AUGGGAAAGGUUCACGGAUCUCUCGCUCGUGCCGGAAAGGUCAAGUCUCAGACACCAAAGGUUGAGAAACAAGAGAAGAAGAAGACCCCCAAGGGCCGCGCGAAGAAGAGAAUCACAUACACCCGCAGAUUCGUGAACGUCACUCUGACCGGUGGCAAGAGGAAGAUGAACCCCAACCCAACCUCGUAA